AUGGUUUUAGGGCGAAACGACCCGGAUUCAACAGAAAUUGGUCUGCACAUGUCUCAGCGCAGCAUCAUGAAGCUUGCCGUAAUCCUUCUGUGUGUGGCCCUGGUGGGCGGAGCUAACGCCAGUUUCGGGGACUUCCUCCACUCGAUUGGCAACACACUUAAGCCAAUCGUAGGCGUCCUCGACACCACCGUCACUUCCGUUUUGAAGAACGUUGUCAACACUGGCAAGAACCUGCUGGCACAGACGUUACAAGCUCUUCUUCUGAACAUUGGAAAUGCGGCCCAGAAGCAGAGAGAUCUUAGCGGCCUCUUCCACAUAAUCCCGUCUAUUGAGUCCACUGUGCAUGGUAUCCUGGACCGUGGUCACUCACUUUUCUCUGACAUCUUGAACAAGCUGACAACUGGCCUGACAAACGUCAUCGACAAGGUCAGCCACUUCGACAUCUCAUCGGAAGCAGUAGUUGAGAAGGUCGAUCAGCUUGUUGGAACCCACAACCUUCUGGUCGAUGGUAUCCUUGGUCACGUGGUGAGUUCCCUCGAGGGGGCGCUGUCCUCGCACAAGAGAAGCGCCUUGACGGACGCACUGAGCGGCCUAAGCACCAGCAUGAAGGACCUCUUCCAGCAACACACUGACGCAAUCAAGGACCAUGCCACCACCGCUUGUUCGCUCAUCAAGAACGCCGCAGUGGGCACCCUAAACGCCGGAAAUGGACUCGCUGUCUCAGCUAAUGGCAACACUACCCCAACCAUCGAAGGACGCUCAGAGCCAGUUGCUCAAACUCACUGCACACAACCUUUUGGAUUGCCGUAUACCAGACGCGAGACCUUGGUGUUUCCCUAACAGUUUUCAUAUUGACACGUCGUUACUACACCGAUUCCCCAUACCCACUAUUAUACCUAGACCCGGUCCAAUACUUUCCUCCAUAAAUUAUAAAUAAAAUAUCAACAGAAAUAUAUAAUAUAUUGAGGAUAAUAAACGAGUUACCAGUCAUUAUCAAAUUUAUGUCCCGAGUGAAUUUUUUUUUACUUGUCACGAGCUU